CAAAUUUCCUGGAUCGCGCCCAAAAGUCGUCGUCCUUGUUAACCACUCCCUCUUUGAUCAGACCACAUCUCAGGCCACAACUCUGUCUUGACCGCCUGCAACUCUUUUAUAAACCUCCUCCUACAUACUUGUCUCUAUUCACGCCUCUCACGAUUCUUGUACUCGACCUCUCUAUGUGUGGAUAGACCCUCCUUCCUACCGCGCGCAUUCCCUCUCGUCUUCUGCCAUGCCUCUCAUUCUCGACUCUUCAUCGGAGUCCUCCAUGGGCUCCGAGCCCGACCUCCAAGAAGAGCGCAGAAGAUUACACCACGAAGCCGAUGUAGUGAUCAUUGGAGCAGGAGUUUUGGGCUCCGCGUUGGCGGUGGCGCUCGCAAAUCAAGGCCGCAGUGUCAUACUCCUUGAGAAAUCGUUGAAAGAGCCGGACCGAAUUGUGGGAGAACUUUUACAGCCAGGCGGUGUUCAAGCAUUGACCAAGCUGGGCUUGCGCCAUACUUUGGACGACAUCGAUGCCAUUCCAGUCACCGGGUACACUGUCAUAUACUACGACGAGCAUGUGCCCAUACCAUAUCCUGUAAUUGCCUCACAGGUGUCAGACCGAGCAGAGAAGCAACUAUGCAAAUACGAAGGACGGUCUUUUCAUCAUGGCCGGUUCGUAUCGAAAUUACGUGCUGCAGCAUUGGCACACCCGAACAUCACCGUAUUCGAGACUGAAGUCACCUCCAUCAUCACCUCGUCACACAACACACAGGUUCUGGGUGUCGAAUCAAUAACGCGCAAAACGCAUAAAGACUGCUUCUUCGGUUCUUUGACGGUGGUCUGCGACGGAUAUGCAUCGAAAUUCCGAAAAUCUUACAUUCACCAUACCCCCCGAGUCAAGUCGAAGUUCUGGGGCAUGGAGCUGAUUGAUUGCCAAAUACCAACUUCGCAUCACGGAAACGUGGUGUUAGGCGACAACUCACCCGUUCUGCUCUAUCAAAUUGGAUCCCACGAGACGCGAGUUCUGGUCGAUGUUCCAGAAGGACUGCCAUCCGCAUCUACGGCCAACGGCGGAGUCAAAGGCCACCUUCAAAAUGUUGUCCUCCCAUCGCUGCCGAAAACGGUCCAACCUUCUUUCAAGGCCGCACUAGAAAAAGGCAGUCUCCGAAGCAUGCCGAAUUCUUUCCUUCCUCCUAGCACAAACAAGACCCCCGGCGUGGCAAUCCUCGGCGAUGCACUGAACAUGCGCCAUCCCCUUACCGGAGGCGGCAUGACAGUCGCCUUGAAUGAUGUGCUUCUCGUGUCCGAACUGCUCUCUCCCGAAAAUGUGCCCGACCUCUAUGACACACAAGUCGUGCUGAAACAACUCCGUGCAUUCCACUGGCGGCGGAAGAGUGUCACUUCCAUUGUGAAUAUUCUUGCCCAGGCACUGUACAGUCUAUUUGCGGCCGAUGACUGGCAGUUGAAGUAUCUCCAAAGGGGUUGCUUUCGAUAUUUCCAGCUCGGAGGCAAAUGUAUCAGUGAGCCGGUCGGUUUGCUUGGCGCGGUGAUUCACCAGCCUUUUGUCCUAUUUUAUCACUUUUUCAGCGUGGCGUUGUUCAGCAUUUGGAUCCUUAUCAAGGAGAAUGGUGUGUUGAUGUUUCCGAUCAGUCUGAUCCAGGCAGUGCUCGUGUUUGCCAAGGCAUGCGAGGUAAUUUUCCCUUAUAUUUUUGCCGAAUUAAGGAGUUGAUGGCAGAGGAGCAUGGGCAGCACCCGGUUGAAGCAAUAUUUCUUGCCUCGUCGUUGAGUUUGGGCAUUAGAAGGACGACCAUGACUCGUUCGAGUGGUGGUCGAUCACCAGAAUAGAUGGCACAUCUGACACAUGAGCGAGAUGGUCAUGUCUGUAUAUUGUAUAAUUAUAGUUCACG